AUGCUUAGCCAUUACUACCCACCUUGUCCAGAGCCUGACCUAACUUUAGGCGCAAGUAAGCACUCAGACAGCUCUUUUCUUACCGUCCUUCUUCCAGAUCAGAUCGAAGGGCUUCAAGUUCACCGUGAAGGGUACUGGUUCGAUGGUCCUUCUGUUCUCGGUGCACUCAUCAUCAACAUCGGAGAGACGGAGACCUUCUACAGGCAACUUAUUUCAAAUGACAAGUUCAUCAGUUCGGAGCAUAGAGUAUUGGCAAACAGAGUCUCUGUUGCGUGUUUCUUCACUACCUAUGGUAUUAGACCUAAUCCUAGAGUGUACGGACCCAUGAGAGAGCUUGUGUCCGAAGAAAACCCUCCAAAGUAUAGAGAGAUCACUUCGCUGCUCACGUCAGCGCCAAAGGACUUAACGGAAGCUCUUCUUUGCUUCCCUUUUAAAAUAUGA